AUGUUUGAGAAAUCUGUUUGUGUUUAUUGUGGUUCAGCCAGUGGUGCCGAUAAAGUGUAUGAAGAGCAUGCUUCUAAACUAGGUAGAUUGCUUAAUGCAAAUAAAUGGAGGUUAGUGUAUGGAGGUGGGACUACAGGUUUGAUGGGCACUAUCGCUCGUACUACUAUGAAAGGAGACGGUACAUCGAAAGGUUCCGUUUUAGGGAUAAUUCCAAAUGCAUUGGUUGAUAAAGAGAGGUCCAACACUGUGGAUCUAAAUGAAAUUGAUGAUUAUAAUAAUAAAAUUAAAGAAAGUGUUGAAAACCACUCUGGCCUAUCGCCAAUCUCAAAAGAGUAUGGUGAAACUUUUAUAGUCCCAGAUAUGCAUACAAGAAAGAAAAUGAUGGCAAAUGAGAGUGAUGCAUUCGUUGCUAUGCCUGGUGGAUUCGGAACCUUGGAAGAGAUAAUGGAAUGUAUAACUUGGUCUCAACUAGGUAUCCACAAUAAACCAAUUGUAUUAUUUAAUGUCGGUGGUUUUUAUGAUCCUUUGUUAGAAUUCGUUAAAAAGUCCAUUGAAAGUGGGUUUAUCAGUAAGAACAAUGGAAACAUCAUAGCAGUUGCAAAAACUGCUCAAGAAGUCAUUGACAAAAUUAAUAACUAUAAGAUCCCAGAUGGUCGUUUUACAUUAAAUUGGAGUGAUGAUUUGACAGAUAAUUUGAACUGUGACCAUUGA